AACGUCUUCACAUCUCUUUCAGCGGAGCAAUUCUCUGCCAAGCUGCGUGUACGCUCGACUUCAGACUUGAAAAAAAUACAUCUGCACCCGACAACAUAGUCCAUGUACAGUUAUGAAAGGACAGAGGCACAUACAAUCAUUGCUUCUCAUGUGUGUAGCGACUUUUUUGUCAUUACAUACGUCAGAAGGACAACAGCUGACAGAGGAGACCUGCACUGUUCAGCUCCUUGUCCCUGGUCUCAAAGGAGAGCCGGGGGAGAAAGGACCAAAGGGAGCCCCAGGGAGACCAGGAAGAGUGGGACCAGUGGGGGAAAUCGGUCAACCUGGUCUUAAAGGGCAGAAAGGCAUUAUGGGGCAUUAUGGUAAAGUGGGACCAAGUGGAAUGAAAGGCACAAAGGGAGACAUGGGGGAUCCAGGACCAAGAGGCCCAGACGGAGAGCCAGGUAUCCCAUGUGAGUGCUCACCAAUAAGAAAGAUGAUUGGCGAAAUGGACAUCAUUGUGGCACAGCUAUUUUCUGAACUGAAAUUCAUUAAAAAGGCACUGCCCUCCCCCGCAGCUGUCGCUGGCAUAAAAGAGACAGACAGCAAGGUGUAUCUGCUGGUGAAGGAGGAGAAACGUUACUCAGAUGCCGAGCGCUAUUGCCAGACGAGGGGAGGUCACCUGGCCAUGCCCAAGGAUGAAGGCGCCAACACAGCCUUGGCGGGUUACAUCACGCAAGCGGGUCUCAACAGAGUCUACAUUGGCAUUCACGACCUGGACAUGGAAGGAGUUUUCACCUACGUGGACAGCUCUCCAAUGUCCACCUUCAGUAAAUGGCGAAAAGGGGAGCCCAAUAAUGCUUAUGACGAUGAAGACUGUGCUGAGAUGGUGGCCUCCGGAGAGUGGACUGAUGUUGCGUGCCACCCAACAAUGUAUUUUGUAUGUGAAUUUGACAAGGACCCUGUCUGAGUUGCACUCGGAUAAGAUGGACUAAAACUGUAACUUUUUGCUUCUACUUUAUAAUAAGGCUAUUGUUUAUAUAUUCAUUAUUUAGUAGUUUGUUAUCUUGUGGUUGAUAUUCUUUUCUCAAAGGCAAUUAAGGAAAUGGAAAAACUACGUUCCAUUGUCAAACUGUCACUAUUAUAAAGACUUAAUUAACCAUACAGGCUUGAACAUUGUUGAUA